AAUUUUCUUUUUGUAUGUCAAACGAAGAGAUUUUCUUGAUUAAAAUUUUCUCCACCUCAAGCCACCAUUGGGAUACUAUGCUAUAACUAUAAAGAGGCCCUUUCUUUUCGUCUAAAUCACACCCACCCUUCUCUCCUUCUCCUCCUUUCUGUAGUACUAGUGCCUCUCUUGUGUGCAUUGUUCUUGGAGUUGGUUGCCAGAAAAUUAGCUUAUUUUUGGAGCUUUAAACCCAAGAUCAACACACUUCAGUUCAGUAUGGAUCAUAAGUUUAACCUUAUGAGAGAGGGAAUGAUCAAACUACCUCCUGGCUUUCGUUUCCAGCCAACAGACGAAGAGCUUGUCUUUCAGUACCUCAAACGUAAAGUCCUUUCGUGGCCUUUGCCUGCUUCUAUCAUCCCUGAUAUCAAUGUCUGCAAGUUUGAUCCUUGGGACUUGCCAGGAAAUACGGAGCAGGAGAGGUACUUCUUCAGCAACAAGGAAUCCAAGUAUCCAAAUGGAAAUAGAAUCAAUAGAGCAACUGCUUCUGGGUAUUGGAAGGCAACUGGUUUAGAAAAACAAAUCGGCUCUUCAUCAAGCGGGAACCAUGUAGUGGGGAUGAAGAAGACUCUUGUUUUUUACAGAGGAAAAUCUCCUCAUGCAACUAGAACUGACUGGAUCAUGCAUGAGUAUCGCCUUGUUAGUGCAGGAACUGUAGCUUGCAAUUAUUACCCGCAGGCAAAGAACUCGGCCCAGAACUCUCUUAAUCAACUGGAGAAGUGGGUUCUCUGUCGAAUAUUUUUCAAGAAUAGAAGUACAGAAAGAAAUGGAGAGACUAUUCAAACUUGUAACGACAACAAAGUAAAUAAUGCGGUGGUCAUUCAACCUAGAUUUAUUGAUUUUAUGAAGACGGACAAGAUUGUUUGGGAUUCUGUUUCGUGUUCUUCAUCAUCUUCGAGCUCCAGUAGCAUAACUGAGGUCUCUUCAAGUGGAGAAGAUCAUGAAGAAAGCAGUAGCAGCCGCAAUUUCUUUUGAACAUUAAUUGUUCUGGACAUUAAUUUCUUCUUAAUCCUUUCAUGUUCGUCAGCUGUGAGUGAAGAAAAUGUAAUUUAUACUACCAUAUAUAUUGGAGAAAAACUAUAUUAGUACUUUUCAAAAAAAAACGCUCUCGCAUUCAUAUUUUACGUGCUAACUCACAUUCAAUAUAUAU